UUCAAACUGUUUCCCCUCCCAGUUCAUGCUUUUACAACUAUUUCGAGACAGUGCCAAGUGCUCCUGAUGAAGCAGAAGCAUGACUGUGGAGGAAGGUUCUUUGAAAAUCUUACAGACAGAACCUACCUCCAGAGAAAGCAUGGAGGAGGGACGAUCUGGUAAAGACCUCCAAAGAAAACGCCUACUAAUUACAUCUCCUCUAAACCUGCUUUACUCUUGCAUCAUCAUUAUUAUGGUCCUGGCUACAAUUGUGAUAGUACUUUCCAUUUUUUUGUCAGUGAGAAACACGAAGACGGUCUCACAUGUUCUGUAUGUUACCUGCCCAAAAGAAUGGAUUGGAUUUGGAAAUAAGUGUUUUUAUUUUUCUGAAGACGCAAGGAAUUGGACAUUCAGCCAGACAUUCUGUACCUCAUUAAAAGCUGGUCUUGGUCAGUUUGAAACCGAGGAGGAGCUGAACUUCCUGAAAAGAUAUAAAGGCCCUUCUGACCAUUGGAUUGGCCUUAGAAGAGAAUCAUCACAUCAUGUUUGGAAAUGGACAGACAGAACUGAAUAUAACGCCUCGUUUGUUAUCAAAGGAGUUGGGGAAUGUGCCUACCUGAAUGACAUUGGACUUAGUAGCGCCAGGAGCUACACAGAUAGAAACUGGAUUUGCAGCAAGACAAAUAAUAAUGUCACCGUGGAGUUAAUACUUUAAGGACUUUUUAGGGAAUUUCACGCACCAUCUCCAAGAGAUGCAUUAUAAAUUGUUAUAUACAGCUGCUGCUGUAUUUCUUGGCCUGCCAAAAAUAUUAACAAUGUGCAUUUAUAAUCCUUGUUACUAGCAAAGAGGCAAGCUAUCCUUGAAUGAUGUAAUAUAGGGAUUUGGAAGAGCAUGCUUCUAAACUAAGUGGGUGUUAAGUAAUAUGAGCUGAUAUUUGUAUUUUGAACCCUAUAAAUAUGAACGAGUUCCUCCUUUUCUGUA